AGUGGCUGAUGUACACUUUGGAAUCGGGAAUAUCAUCCUCCGAUUCUCCGAUGGGAAUGAUAAUCAAAUGAAAACAUUUUUUACCGUCAAUUUGUCAUCAGCCUCUACCUCUACUUCCGUUACUACUACUGGAAAUGACUCGGUUAUGCUGACGGAUGAAAUUAAAAAAUAUAAAACGAAGGGACUUGUCGACUUCUUGAGUAAGGAAGGAGACUUGAAACUUGAGGAGGAGGACUUAGAAAUAAGUCGCAAGUAA